CAGAGUCCAGUUACAAAGAUGCUCUGGUGUUUGAUAGCACCAGGAACAAUGGAUCGAAGCCACAGGAGAACGGUGUCAAGAAACACAGGUUACGCCUCCACCUAACCAACCCCAGACAUGACCCUGAACAGGCUAAACUAGGGGUCGACAACCCGUGGCUCCGGCGCCACAUCUUUCAUUCUCCUGCUGCGGCUUUCUGGUGAUUUUAACAUUAAAUACAGUGGCACUGUUAAAUCGUGCAAGAAGACUUGUUCUUCUACUCCAUAGAAGUGGAAGGACACAUUGAACAAUGUCAAGAAAGAUCCCAGCUUGCAUCUUACUCCGCUGGUAUAUCGGCAGGUAAUUCAUGGCAAAUUUUCACGAAUUUACUGCAGAACUAACCGGAACAUGAUUGUAUUGCACACAACCAACAAUAACGGUUUCAACAUAAUUGAUAACCUGACAGUUAAAUAAGACACGCAUUCAACGAACUACUGGUAACAAACACAACGCCUCGGGAUCCUCCCGGAAGAGUUGGAUGAAGUGGCUAGGGAGAGGGAAGUCUGGACAUGCCUGCUAAAGCUACUGCCCCCGCAACCCAACCUCAUCUUUUGGUCUGAAACCCAAAUGUCUUCAGGAUACAACAAAAGCAAAGGAAUUGACCUUGCCGUUCCAAGACUGUUGGAGGGGACUUUACAGGACAUCAUUACCUGCACCCAUGUUUUCCAGAAACACUGUUAGUGUCUGGAGUAUCCUUAAGAAAUGCAUUGGAAUGGAACUCUCCAAGAUCACAAUGCCUGUCAUCUUCAACGAGCCCCUCAGCUUCCUGCAGAGAAUCACAGAAUACAUGGAACACACUUACCUCAUCAACAGAGCCUCCUCGCUGUCUGAAUCCAUAGAACGCAUGCAGGCCGUGGCUGCGUUUGCUGUGUCAGCAGUUGCGUCUCAGUGGGAACGAACUGGAAAACCCUUCAACCCUCUUCUUGGGGAGACUUAUGAACUCACCAGAGAGGAGCAGGGCUUCCGGCUGAUAGCAGAGCAGGUAUCCCAUCAUCCCCCAGUGAGUGCCUUCCACGCUGAAAGCCUGGCAGGAGACUUUGUCUUCCAUGGCUCCAUAUACCCCAAACUAAAAUUCUGGGGGAAGAGUGUUGAGGCAGAGCCCAAAGGGACCAUCACUCUCGAGCUACUUAAGCACAACGAGGUAUACACAUGGAGUAACCCUCACUGCUGUGUGCACAACAUCAUCCUGGGGAAGCUAUGGAUAGAGCAGUAUGGCACAGUGGAAAUAGUCAACCACAGCACUGGAGACAAGUGUGUGUUGAAUUUCAAGCCUUGUGGGAUGUUUGGCAAAGAGCUGCACAGGGUGGAGGGAUAUGUCCAGGAUAAGAGUAAAAAGAAGCUUUGUGUCAUCUAUGGGAAGUGGACGGAGUGCAUGUGGAGUAUUGACCCUCAGUCCUACGAGGCCUUCAAAAAAGCGGAAAAGAAAGGAGACAACAAGAAGCACAAACAUGAGGAGCCAGUGGGAUCGGAGAAUGAUGAUGCCGAUGACAUGCCAGAGGUCCAAGAGACAGUGGCGGUCAUACCAGGAAGUACACUGCUCUGGAGGAUAGAUCCUAGACCGGCUCACUCUGCUCAGAUGUACAACUUCACCAACUUUGCGAUGUCUCUCAAUGAGCUGGAGCCAGGCUUGGAGGCCAUGUUGGCCCCGACGGACUGUCGCUUCAGACCUGACAUCAGAGCCAUGGAGAACGGCAAAAUGGAAGAAGCCAGUCAGGACAAGGAGAGGCUGGAAGAGAAACAGCGAGCUGCCAGAAAGCUAAGAGCCAAGCAUGAGGAGGAGUGGUCGACAAGGUGGUUUCAAAUGGGCACCAACCCGUGCACCGGCUCCCAAGACUGGAACUACUCUGGUGGCUACUUCAGUAGGAACUACCAAGACCUGCCUGAUAUCUACUGAUAAGGCCACUAUAGCCUUCAUCCUGGUCCCCUUCCACCUCUUCCACACGCCUUAUCAUAACUUGGAGGGACACACUUAAAAACUCAACCCUUCACCAUUGCACACAUCCAUUGCAGAUAGGAAAGACUUACACAGACUCUUUAACAGUUUCCUGCUUCAUCUUGACUCGCUCUCUUCUUCCCCAUCAAGGAUUUUACAUCAACUUUAGUUGUAUGACCUGCACAUUUUUUUCAUCGCUCAUCGUUUCUUCCAUAUGUCACAAUUUUAACGGCCCAUGACGGAAUGUAUGUGAUGUUAGAUAUUAAUGCAACACUCUAUAAAUGGGCUUAAGCAACAGAAUGAUGAAUAUAAAGUGUUGGUCAAAUAUUUCUUGCCUACCAUACCAUCAAGAAAAGACACCUGAUCGAAUGUUUAAGAUGCUGCAGAUUUGCAAAAUACUGUAUGAUUCCAUUCCAGUGUCAAAAAAUUGUGAAUACUAUGUUGAUAUGUAGAGAGACUUAAGAUUGUCAUUGUAAUAUGACUAAGAGAAAACCCUCAAUCAAGUGAGGGUAAUGUAACAUGCUGUUAUUAUUCUCUACAUUUAGAUGUUUUGCAGCAGACCACCAACACAUUGAGUUUUAAUGUUGCAUUCCCCUUGAAUGUUGUGAAAAUUAAAAAAAAAUUAUAAUAAUUGGCUCUAAUACUGACUGUGGUUGUAAUAAUGCAGAAAUUCCAAGCAUUAGCUAAAGCAAGAACACAUUUUGAUUGCAAUUAUAUUUUGGUUGACUAUUGCAUAUUGUGAAAUGCAAAUGUAUGAAUUCUGUUGGUGGCCAAACUCCUUUUUUAUUCGUUAUUCGUAGCCCCGUUAUUUUGUUAAUUUUCUUAAAGCACUUAACCAGGCAGCACGGUGGCCGACUGAUAAGAGCGUCUGCCUCGCAGUUCUGAGGACCAAGGUUCAAAUCUGGGCCCCGCCUUUGUGGAGUUUGAAUGUUCGCCCCGUGCCUGCGUGGGUUUUCUCCGGGCACUCCAGUUUCUUCCCACAUCCCUAAAAUAUGCAUGGUAGGUGAAUUGAAGACUCUAAAAUUGCCCCUAGGUGUGAAUGUGAAUGCGAAUGGUUUGUUUGUUUCUAUGUGCCCUGCGAUUGGCUGGCAACCAGUUCAGGGUGUACCCCGCCUCCUGCCCGAAGAUAGCUCGGAUAGCCUCCAGCACUCCUGCGACCCUUGUGUGGAUAAGCGGCUCAGAAAAUGGAUGGAUGGAUGGCACUUAACCACAUACACCCUUUCGACUUGACAUAUUCUUACAUGUUCUAUCCAUGGCUGUUACAUUUUCUUUGUAAAGCCUAAACUAUAGUAUGUGACAGACAAAACACUAAUGUCGAGUGCAGUGUUGAGAUGCUUGCAUAAAGAUUGCAUGAAAAAAAACCCACACACAAACGGUACAAUUUUCUCACUCCAUAACACACAUUCCAACAAAUGGGCCACCAAGGGCAAAUCAGUUUUGUUAGUUUCUAUUUCUCCAAACAUGUCCUCUGUUGAAUUUUAGCCUCCUCCUCUUGGACUAUCUAUGUGGUCAUUGUUUGUGUACAAGUGUUACACAGAUAAUAACAUGCAAAAUUUUGUGCAAUUGAUUUAUUUUUAUAGUAUUUAAAGCAUUUUUUGGUGAGGAACAUACCACCAGAUGUUUUAUUUGUAGGUUGGAGACUGUAUAGGCAUACUGUGGACAGCUUGAUAGCUUCAUGGACAGGGGAAUGUCUACUAAUAAAAUCCUUAACUUCAA